UAGACAAUUUCGAGCGUGUUGAUGGAUUUAUUUUGUCAUUUUUCUGCAGAUGGUUGGUAGGGACAGCUAUGAUGAUGGGGCUUCCCGCCACUUCUUUUUCUGGUAGUGUUUCUCAGCCGAUAUCCCCGAGAUGAUAUCAUGGACGUAAGGCAGUAUCACCUGGAAGAUAUCUAAACAAAGCAUUCGAUAGACUCGAGACAGCUCUAUAAAGAUCAACUGUCUGCCGCUGUUUGUGAGGAGUUUGGAGUAAACCAGCAACUGCUCAUUUUCCACAUCACACAUCAAUUAAGCACCUCACCUUCACAAUGAGCAACGCCCCAAUUAUUCUCAUCACAGGUGCGAACACGGGCAUUGGGUUUGAAGUCAUUAAGGCCUUGGUAGAUUCGCCAAAUGCCUAUACCAUUCUCCUUGGUGGUCGAUCCAUCCAAAAGGCGAAAGAUGCGGUAAAACUUGCCAAGGAGCAGUUUCCCAAUUCCCAGAGCACCUUGUCCGCUAUCCAAGUCGACAUCGAAGAUGACGCCUCAAUCUCGAAAGCCUUUGAAGAAGUGUCUACCAAAUAUGAACGACUCGAUGUUCUCAUUAACAAUGCCGGGGCUCUGUUCGAUUUCGAAAUCCAGUCUGGCCGUAUGACCAUGAGAGAGGCCUGGAACAAGUCCUGGAACGUUAACACCACCGGGACCCAAAUUAUGACACACACUUUUGUCCCCCUGCUACUAAAAUCCUCCGAUCCACGACUCUUGUUCGUCACCAGUGGUACUUCUAGCCUCACCGAGACUGAAAGUAGCGACAUGUGGGUAAACAAAGUCCCAGCCAAGGGUUGGCCUAAGCAAGCAAUUUCAAUGCCAUCUUAUCGCAGCAGCAAGACGGGUAUGAACAUGAUGAUGCGUGAGUGGGCGAGGGUGCUCACGGAGGAUGGGGUGAAGGUUUGGUGUAUUUCUCCAGGGUUCCUUGCGACGGGCCUUGGUGCUGGACCAGCGGCGAAUAAAGAGAUGGGCGCGGGAGACCCGGCCCUUGGUGGCAAAUUUAUUAAGGAUGUUGUUGAGGGGAAGCGGGAUCAAGAUGUGGGGAAGGUUAUUCGCUCUGGCAGCAAUCAGCCUUGGUAAUGACACCUCGAGUGUGCUUUUGAGUGUGUUUUUGAGUGUGCUUUUGAGUGGUGGUGUUUGCCGUAAAGUCUCCAUAUGAGGAGGUCAUUAUGGGACAGGUAUCGUUAAAAACAAC